AUUCCGGACCCUGUAUGAACGGAGCUACCUGUGGCGAUCAGUACGCAGAUGCAUACACGUGCCUGUGUGUUGGAGCUUUCCAAGGAAGAAACUGUGAAGUACCACUAGAUGUCCAGUUGUGCCCGUUUGGCCACACCUACGAGUAUGUGAGGACCUUUACCACAAAUCAACUACCAAACAGAUUUGAAUGUCAAGCUAACUUCAGAUUUCCAGGUGCUACCGAGGUCAACUUUACUUUCGUGUCGCAUGAUAUCGAACCAAACAAGGAUGCAUUCUGGUUGGAAGCGGGAGUCGUUGCUGACAGUUCCAGUGACGCAGGAGCGUUCGAUUCCGACAGAUUGACAGAGCCUACUUUAACUUUUGAAGAUGCUGGUUCAAACUACUGGAUAGAGAUCUUCACAGAUAAGACAAUCCUUAGUGGUGGUUUCACUCUCGAGAUCAGUGCUGACCGUGAUGACUGCUACUCAAUUCCUUGUAUGAAUGGUGCUACAUGUAUUGACCUUAUCCGAGACUAUAGGUGCAUCUGUGCACCAGGCUACGCUGGUAUAAACUGCCAGGAGGACACCGAUGAAUGUCGAAGUGGUCCCUGCAUGAAUGGUGGGACAUGUGUGGACGGAGAGAACAGGUAUUCUUGCGAUUGCACUGACAGUUAUACUGGUACUAACUGUGAGACAGGAAUUGUUAUCGUGGACUCAACAACUGUAUCUGUGUCGAAUGGAGUCUAUGAGGGGUCGUUUACUCCUGCGGUGAUCUUCGAUUUGACUUUUGCACCAUCCUCCUUGGCAACGUAUUCUGUGGGUGGGGCUGGUACAUCGCAGCUAUGGACUGUCGAUGCCUUCUUUACGUCUGACCCCGACGCUGGUCCCACAACGUCUAAUCGACGAAUUCUACUGAAUACUGCGCAGGAAAUCACUCUUUGGCAACCUCCGGCGUCAACCACCAUCUCUGGUCUAAAUGCUCUUCAAGUGUCAGUGCCUGGAGGUGUAGUCUGCUCUGAUAUGGAAUUCUUUUGUGCUAUCAUUGGUAGAAAUACCGGUUCAUCACCUUUUUUCCAACUCACAGCUAGUAACCCAGACUCCUUCCAAGGUUGUGUCUCCAUAAGUUGUAGAGGUGUGGAAAUAACAGAUACGACUGUGCAGAUUUCAUCUGGAGACCUUCAAGCAGGGGAAUCUGGACAGACAGUCUCUUUCGAUGUGCAGCUGGACUCCGAGCCUAGUGCUGGAAGCGUCAGCGGUUCCAAUUUAUGGAGCAUCACCGCCUUCGGUAGCGACAACUCGUUUGGGACUGGCAGCAGAUUUCAACAGACCGUUGUGACCACAAGCGGCACACAAGGGACAGUAGGAAUAGACGCCGGAACACGGAGUACCAUUUCCGAUCUCUCUUUUGAAGUGAACCUUGGCAGUGGCUUUGCGACAUGUGAUGACUACCCGUUCAUCUGCAUAGAAGUGUCAAAGAGUAGCCUAGCUAUCCCUAACUUCGGUCUUUCCGGUGGUUCUAAUCUCGUCACCUGCCAGGCAGUUACAUGCAGAGGUGUCGAGAUAACACAAACACUUGUCAGCGUGUUAUCCGGUGCUCUACUGGAGGGAAAGAGUCAGGAUAUAGUCUUCCAUGUUGAUCUGACAUCAGAAAGCACCGGUGGAACCGCUGAAGGGGCUAACCUAUGGCGGAUAACAACUUUUGGCAGUGUAGUCGCAAACGGUUUAGGUACCCGCCUGGAAGAGACCACGACUGUACUAAGUACAGCCCAAUCUGGAACUACCCUCAGAGCUGGAGCUUCUGCAAGGCUCGAAAGUGUAACGGCUUCCUGGAACUUGAUGGACGGUCCAACCUGUUCAGAGAUUAGUCAUUUUUGCGUAGAAGUUGCCAAGGGCACAAAUACAGACUUUGAGUUGAUAGGAGUACCCUCUGCCAGUGUUUUGAUAGCAUGCACGCCGAUAUCAUGCAGAGGAGUGGAGAUUUCAAGUACAUCAGUAGCUGUAACUCCAGGGGAUGUCUUGGAAGGAAGGCUUCAGCCGGUGAUGUUAGACAUCACUCUAUUGUCUAUUGCGGGAGCUGGUAGCGUAAGCGGCUCUGGUCUCAUUGACGUGCGUUCCUUCCUCAGCAGCAACUCCGACGGCUCCGGGAACCGUUUUGACACCUUCACCUCUCCUGUCUCGAGUGUUCAUGGAUUUACAGGAAUAACUGCUGGCGACCCUGCUGGCAUAUCUAACCUUGCAGUCAACAUCGAUCUCAGAGACGGACCAACGUGUUCUGAUUUCAAUUAUGUCUGUGUAGAAAUUCAAAAAGGGGCCUCGCCUUCAAUCGAUUUUCAACUAUCAGGAAUUCCUUCUCAGGCAGUUCUCAUCGGAUGUCGCCAAAUAACAUGCAGAGGUGUGGAAAUAACCCAGACACAAGUAUCAGUUACAUCUGGCGACAUUAGGGAAGGCGCGAGUCAGUCUGUCAACUUUGAUGUCACACUCAACUCUGACGGAGCGGCUGGUAGCGUGAGUGGUUCUGACCUGUGGCGGAUAACCCCUUUCCUCAGCUCUAGAUCGGACGCGUCUGGGAGUGUCCAGAACUUCCCCAAUGCAGUGCUGAGCACGUUCCAGGGCAAUGCACCUCUCAUUGCUGGCAGUCCUACUAUAAUCAGUGGCGUCAGCGUUCCUGCCGAUCUGACCAGCGGGCCGUCAUGUUCACAGUUUGGAUUCUUCUGUGUCAGUGUAGAUAGAAACUCCUUGGCAGACCCCCAGUUCCUCCUUAGCGGGAUUCCUGGUCCUGAGUCUUUAACCUCUUGUCAGGCAAUAAGCUGUAGAGGUGUGGAGGUUACGAGCACAAUUGUAACCAUCGGCGGAGGCGAGAUCAUCGAAGGCAGUAUGUCCACUCUUUCCUUCACUGUUGCUUUAACAACACAAGCGGUUGGGGGAAACGUGGCAGGAACUAAUCUGUGGCAGGUAUCUGCAUUUGGAAGUUCAUCCAACGAUGGCUCAGGCACUCGUUACUUGACGACCCCUGUCGGCCUCCCAACUGCAGCCGCAAACGCCAUGGUUCUUGCCGGUCAGGUCACCUCCUUGGCUGGACUCAGCGCGGACUUCAUGCUUAGUUCAAGCAUCACAUGUGCGCAGUUCCAAUUUCUCUGUGUGCAGGUGGACAGAGGCACAACCUCAAAUCCUUUCUUCUCUCUCACUGGUGUGCCGGAUGGAAAUUCACUAAUUGGGUGCACACCGACACCUUGUGGCGGGGUUGAGAUCACAGAUACGGUACUCGACAUACAGAAUGGCUAUCUGCAAGAAGGAGUUUCAUCCAGCACAAUCCUCUUCGAUGUUUCUCUCCUCUCCAACCCUGAUGGUGGAAGUGUCAGUGGGUCUAACUUAUGGGAUAUCACUGCAUGGAUAUCGACAGAUCCUGACGGUGCCUCGACAAGGUACCUUGAGCAGUCCAUUCCUCUAACUCUGGUACAGAGUGGAACUCCCAUAGUGUCAGGAGUGAAUACGGCCAUCAUAAAUGGUGUGUCAGCAGAAUGGGACUUGUCUACCGGUCCACUGUGCACACAGGCGAGUUACAUGUGUGUUCGUGUCCAGAAAGGAAACCUUGCUAAUCCGGAUUUCCAAGUCACCGGCACACCAACAAAUGAAGUAUUUACAGAUUGCGCGCAACUCCAGUGCAGAGAUGUUGAAGUCACGGGUACGGUAGUUGGUCUUGCAUCUGCAUCACUUCUUGAAGGUGCCGCACAGACCCUUUCUUUUGCCUAUACCAUCAACACUGACCAAAAUGGAGGUGGUGUUACAGGAACCAACCUCUGGGAUCUGUCUAUCUUCCUUAGUGAUGACCAAUUGGGUUCCAACCCAAUCAGCGAACAAAGCAUUCUUCUAAGUCCAACUCAAGCAAAUUCCCUGGUAACUCCGGGAGUUCCGACAGUAAUUAGUGGCUUGGAUGCUAUGUUGAAUCUCCAAACUGGACCUACCUGCUCUCAGUUCAGCUACGUAUGUGUGAGACUGAGGAAGAGUACAGUUGCCAAUCCUAACUUCGGUCUAACCGGAUCACCUGACGAUUCUGUAUUCAUUGGAUGUCAAGAAGUCACUUGUACAGGUGUUAUGAUCAGUUCAACAAGUCUCGGUCUUAGAUCGGGUGAUAUACAGGAGGGUACAAGCCAGAAUGUGCAAUUCGACUUUAACCUUGUAUCUGAUGCGGCGGGGGGCAGUGUAAUCGGUAACAAUCUAUGGGGAGUCACCGUCUUUGGGAGUCAAGAUGCCAACGGACUAGGACCUCGUGUGGCGCCAGAGGUCGUUUCUCUCACUACGGUGCAAGGAAGAACCGCCAUCUCUGCAGGAAUCCCUGCAGUCAUUUCAGGACUCGCGUUCACUUGGGACCUCGAAAAUGGUCCAUUGUGUUCGGAAUUUGGCUACCUCUGUGCCCAGGUUGAGAAGAACCCAUCUUCCAGUCUUGAUUUUGCGUUCUCUGGUACUCCAGACGAUUCUGUUCUGACAAGCUGUUUACCAGUGACGUGUAGGGGGGUCGACAUAACACAAACCACGGUGACUGUUGGAAGCCCAGAAGUUUUGGAAGGAACAGCCAACGAUUUGGACCUGACGAUCUCUUUAGUGUCCAACGUCCUGGCCGGCAGUGUUAACGGUGACGACCUGUGGCGCGUACUCGCCUUCCUGAGUGCUAACGCAGAUGGCACUGGCUCGCGACUUCAAGAGAACGACAUCACACUCACCGCCGCUCAGUCAGGAUUGGAUAUAACCGCAGGAAGUCCUGUUCAACUAUCUUCGCUCGUUUACCAACUUGACCUGGUCGGCGGCACAACUUGCUCCGAAUUCCAGCACGUGUGUGUCCAAGUUUUGCAGGGUCCGACACCUAACCCAGCAUUCCAACUUGACAGUUUACCAGCGGACCUUAUAGAUUGUAUGCCGGUGACAUGCAGAGGUGUUGAAAUCACCAACGCGGAAGUGAACCUUAUUUCUGGGGAGGUCCGUGAAGGUGUGGCUGGGCAGACUUUGACUCUGGACUUCACCUUGGAAUCGGACCAACUCGCAGGAAGCGUAAGCGGCACCAACUUGUGGAACUUUGUCGUGUUCGGCAGUAUGAAUGCAGAUGGGAGCGGAGACAGGGUGGCGCAGUCCGUCUCGCCCACGACCGCUCAUUACGACACAUUGCUCGCGGCGGGUGUGGAUACUGUCUUUAAUUCCAUGGCCAUCGCGUGGGACAUGAAUGCGGGUACUACUUGUGAAGAUGUGCAGUUUAUUUGCUUUGAGGCGUCGAAGAAUUCGGCAUCAAUUCCUGACUUUACCCUCACUGUGUCCAGUGACAGCGUGCUACGUGCUUGCCAGCCAUUGGAUUGCAGAGGAGUGGAAGUUACAGGUACGAGUCUGCAAGUUGGAUCUGGAAAUGAGCUGGUCGAGGGGGAUUCUGCGCAUCAAAUCACCUUUGAUAUUCUGGUGGAUUCCGACGCGGCAGGUGGCAGUGUGUCCGGUACCAAUCUGUGGCAGGUGAGAGCAUAUGCAACGGGAAGCGGCACAACAGGUGGAAGCGUCAUCAACCCGGUCAGUGUCACCUUAACCCCCAGUCAGAGCGGCACUGGAAUCAACGCUGGAACGAGGGCCAACAUCAUGUCGGUGACCGCCAAUCUCAACUUGGAAAACACGUUAUGUACAGGACUUGCAGGAAUCUGUGUAAUCUUACAGCAAAACCCGUCUUCAAACCCUACCUUCACAUUUGAUCCUCAACCAAACAGCAACAUUCUGACGUCUUGCGUACCAGCUACAUGCACUGGUGUCGAAGUUACUGAUGUCAAUUUCAACCUAGUCUCUGGUGCACCGCUCCAAGCCGGUUCCGAUAGUAACGAUAUAGCCCUGGAUCUGAAUAUCAUCACUGAUGCUGGUGGAGCAGGCGUCUCAGGAUCAAAUCUCUGGCAGGUCGAGCUCUUCCUGAACUCCCAGAUAGAUGGCCAAGGAACAACUACGCUUUCUCAGCUUACGUCCAUUCCGGCUUCGGAAAACGGUCAAUCUUUGACUGCUGGUCUUUCUUAUACAUUAGAAGACGUUGCUACAACCCUCAAUCUGCGCAAUAUGGAUUGCGCCAAUUUACCAUUCGUUUGUGUGAGGCUUAGUAAGCAUCCAAGCUCCAAUCCAGCCUUCACCCUCUCCGAGGUAUCCCCUGCUAGUCUUAUAUCCUGCCAACGCUUACCGUGUACAGACACCAAUGAAUGUGAUCCAAACCCCUGUAUGAAUGGUGGAAUAUGUACAGACGGUGUCAAUUCGUUUUCUUGUGCCUGUCUGCCAGGCUUCUCGGGAUCAACCUGUAAUGGAGAUAUAAAUGAAUGUGACAGCAUGCCGUGCCAGAACGGUGGAACAUGUACCGAGGGAGUGGAUAUCUUCACGUGUACCUGUGCUCCUGGAUACACUGGUACAUUCUGUAACGUGGAUAUCAACGAGUGUGCCUCUAAUCCAUGCCAGAAUGGUGGUAUAUGCGAUAAUCUCAUCGCCCGGUACACAUGUGACUGCCAACCCGGUUACGCAGGAGUUGAUUGCCAAAUUGAUAUCAACGAAUGUGCGAGCACACCAUGUCAAAAUGGUGGCACCUGUAAUGAUCGUAUCAAUGGAUAUUUGUGUGAUUGCGUCCCGGGAUAUGCUGGAACCAACUGCCAAAACGAUAUCAACGAGUGCCUCAGCUUCCCUUGCCAAAAUGGAGCCCAAUGCGUAGAUCUCAUAAACGACUACAGCUGUAUGUGCGAGGCUGGUUGGACUGGCCGCAUAUGCGAUCAAGACGUGAACGAGUGCCUCAGCAACCCUUGCGUCUUCGGUGUAUGUGGACAUGGAACUGCCUUCUACUUCUGCACCUGUAAUGCUGGUUACACCGGCACCAAUUGCAACAUGGAUAUCGACGAAUGUGCAAGUGAUCCUUGCUUCAAUGGAGGGACUUGCCAGGAUGAAGUAAAUGGUUAUACAUGCAAUUGUGCGCCUGGUUGGACUGACGUCAAUUGCCAAUCAGAUAUUAACGAGUGUCUACUGACUCCCAACCCUUGUAAUAACAACGGAAUGUGCAUCAAUCUACAAAACAGAUUCCAGUGUGACUGUUCACCUGGCUGGACUGGAACACGUUGUGAAACGGACAUCAACGAAUGCGCAUCCUCCCCAUGUGUAAACGGUGGGACCUGUGACGAUGAAAUCAAUCAGUAUACCUGUGUGUGCCCUGUCGGCUUCGAAGGUCUUACCUGUAACAUUGCAAUCAAUGACUGCACAAGUCAGCCUUGUCAGAACGGUGGUACAUGUGUAGACGGAAACAACGCUUUCACCUGUCAAUGUCAAGCCGGUUGGGAAGGUGUAACAUGUUCCGAGGAUGUAAAUGAGUGUGCCAGCACUCCGUGUAUAAAUGGUGGAACGUGCACCCAUGGAACUAACAUCUACAUCUGCCAAUGCCCACCUGCUUGGAGCGGCACCAAUUGUGAAUUAGAUCGUCGCGAAUGCCUGAGCAACCCAUGUCUUAACGAAGGAACAUGCAUCGAACAGGUGAAUGGAUACCAGUGCAGAUGUAUGCCAGGAUAUACAGGAACACGAUGUGAAACAAAUAUUAAUGAAUGCAGUAGCGGUCCUUGUCUUAACGGAGGAAACUGCAUUGAUGGAAUCAACGGGUACACGUGUGAUUGCGUAGAUGGUUAUAAUGGGCUUAUCUGUCAAUUCGAUAUAAACGAAUGUGGUUCCAGCCCCUGCCAGAAUGGAGGCACCUGCGAUGACAGAAUAGCGUCAUAUGUGUGUACCUGCGCAGCUGGAUAUAUUGGGGUCAACUGCGAAACCGAUUUCGACGAAUGUAGCAGCACCCCCUGCAAAAACGGCGGCGUUUGCUCACACUCCAUUAAUGCAUACAUGUGUAGUUGUCCAGAUGGAUACACUGGCAUCAAUUGCGAAAUCGAUAUCGACGAAUGCUCCAGCUCACCGUGCAGGAAUGGUGGAGCGUGUGAUGAUGCCAUUAAUUCUUACACUUGUACAUGUAUCUCUGGAUACACCGGAACCAAUUGCCAAAUAGAAAUUGAUGAAUGCGCCAGCGGACCGUGCCUGAAUGGUGGAACUUGCAUCGACAACGUAGACUCCUACAGUUGCGAGUGUCCCAGUGGAUACGCAGACGUUAUUUGUUCAACAGACAUUGACGAGUGUGCCAGCAGUCCUUGCCUAUCCGGCGGGACUUGUAGGGAUCUGGUAGACGGUUUUGAGUGUGAUUGUCCGUCAGGACGAGAAGGUGUCCGAUGUGAACUUGACACGAAUGAGUGCGCAAGUAGACCCUGUGUGAAUGGAGGAUCUUGCACCGAUCUUUUCGACGCCUACAGCUGCAGAUGUCUGCCUGGAUACGAGGGUACUAAUUGCGAGUUGGACGUGGACGAAUGUAGCAGCUCCCCGUGUAUGAACAAUGGUGUUUGCUCUGACGCUAUUGAUUACUUCUCGUGCGAGUGUGUCAGUGGAUUUGAAGGGGUUCGCUGUGAAACAAACAUCAACGAGUGUGCAAGUAACCCAUGCCAGAAUGGAGGGGCGUGUGUAGACAGUGUGAACAGCUAUUCCUGUAACUGCGCUGAUGGAUGGACAAGUGCAAGGUGUGAAAUAAAUAUCGAUGAAUGUGCGAGCAACCCAUGCGUGAACGGCGACUGUGCAGAUGGAAUCAAUUCGUUUACUUGUUUCUGUAACUCUGGAUGGACCGGGCCGAGAUGCAAUAUGGACAUCAAUGAAUGCGACAGCAACCCGUGUCAAAAUGGAGGAGAGUGCAUCAAUGCCGUCAACAGCUACUCGUGUCGAUGCGUAUCGGGUUGGACUGGAUACAAUUGUGAAGACGACUUAAAUGAAUGUGGUAGCAACCCUUGUCAAAAUGGAGCCAGAUGCAACAAUCUUCUCGAUGCAUAUUCAUGCACAUGCACUGCUGGAUGGACGGGAGCCAGAUGCGACAUAGAUAUCGACGAAUGUGCACCAGCUCCAUGCUUGAAUGGCGGAUCUUGCACAAACUUCCAGAACAGAUACACGUGUACAUGUACAUCGGCCUGGACCGGAACCAAUUGUGAAAUCGAGGUUGACGAAUGCGCGAGUAACCCUUGCCAGAACGGAGGUGUCUGCAAUGACCUGAUCAACCGCUACACCUGUACUUGUAUCGGUGGUUUUACUGGUGUACACUGCGAGAGACCAAUCAAUGAAUGCAGCAGCAAUCCAUGUGUGAGGGGCAUAUGCGUAGAUGAAGUCAACGCCUUCAGAUGUGUGUGCGACGUAGGCUGGACUGGAGAAUUAUGCAGCUUCAACAUUGAUGACUGCGAUACUGACCCGUGUUUCAAUGGAGGCUCGUGUAUUGAUGGGGUAAACAGCUUCAGGUGUAACUGCGCACCGGGCUGGACUGGAAACACAUGUGAAGAUGAUAUAAACGAGUGUGCCAGUGAGCCGUGCCAGAACGGUGGAUCUUGCAACAACUUGCAGAAUAUGUUUACCUGUACAUGCACUACUGGAUUCACAGGACUGAUUUGUGAAAUUGAUAUCGAUGAGUGUGCAAGCGAUCCAUGUGUGAACGGUGGCCUCUGCUUUAACACUCCCAACAACCUGGCUUAUAGAUGUGCAUGUCAACCCGGUUAUACUGGAGAUCGAUGCGAAAUAGACAUCAAUGAAUGUGAGUCUAACCCCUGUGAAAAUGGAGGAACCUGCGAGGAUGAAAUCAACGCAUUCCGGUGCGUGUGUCCCCCUGGAUUCGCCGGGACCACCUGCAGUUUAAACAUCAAUGACUGCUCUGCUGAACCUUGCCUAAAUGGAGGCAUCUGCCUGGAUAGGAUCGGAGGAUAUCUCUGUGCAUGUCCACAAGGGUAUUCUGGAGACAACUGCGAAACAAAUGAAAACGAAUGUGAAAGCAACCCAUGCCAGAACGCAGGAGCUUGCAUGAAUCGUGCCCAAGAGCAUGGUUACGACUGUCAGUGUGCACCAGGCUUCACCGGCACUCACUGUGAAAUAAAUAUCGAUGAUUGUGCAGCUCUACCUUGCUUGAAUAACGGUAUCUGUUUUGAUGGAAUCAACGACUUUACCUGCACCUGUUCACAGGGAUGGACAGGCAUUCGUUGUGAGAUAUCCAUUGGGUGCAGAGUGGACUACACACUAGGCGUUGGUGAGAAGGUCAUUAUCAACUCGCCCAACUACCCAUCCAAUUAUGGAAACGGUGAAGACUGUCUGUGGUUUAUCACUGGUAUCGACGGUCGUGACGUCAACAUCGACUUUAAGGACUUCAUCACAGAAAACAGAUAUGACAAUUUCCAGAUUGGAGUCGGGUCUGACCCCAAUAUUGGCAGCCAGCGGAUGGGUUUCGCUGGUCCUAUCAUGCCAGGUGACACCACACUGACGGCCAACACUAUCUGGGUCCGGUUCCAGACCGACAACGAAAAGACAGAGAGGGGUUUCUCGGUAGAAUUCCGUGACAGUGCUUACAGAGUUCUGACGCCUUGCGACGCAAAGCCAUGUAUCAAUGAAGGUACCUGCACUAAUGUCGGAACCAUUCAGUUCCAGUGUCAAUGCACCGCCUUGUGGACAGGACCAAAUUGCCAGACACCCUCAGUGAUGAAUAAGUGUGGACUGAAUCCCUGUACAAACGGAGCUGAAUGCAUGAAUAUUGGAGUGGAUUACACAUGCCUCUGUCCAGGCGGUUUCACUGGAAAGAACUGCACAGAUGACAUCGAUGAAUGCGCUGGGAACCCAUGUCAAAAUGGCGGUGAAUGUUACAAUCUCAUCAAUGCCUAUGUGUGCGUCUGUCAGUCAUGCUACUCUGGACGCAACUGUGACGUCGCUCCAUCUUCUGCGGCAUGCAUUGUGAACCUAUGCGAGAAUGAAGGAGGCUGUUCCUUCGCCGGUGGUGCCUACCAGUGCUCGUGCGAAGAUGGGUAUGCCGGAGACUACUGCCAAAACGAUACUGACAAGUGCCGCUUCAACCCUUGCGACUUUGGUGCAUGUUCCACUGUUGAAGACAGCUACCUGUGCACGUGCAUGGAAGGUUACAUGGGAACUCAGUGUGACAUCGAAGAUACUACCGAAUGCGUAAAUGCGAACCCCUGUCAAAAUGGAGCGGCCUGUCUGGUUCAAGGUGGCAACUAUUCGUGUGACUGUCCAGCCGGAUACGAGGGAGAGUACUGCUCAGAAAAUAUUGAUGACUGUCUGAAUGAGGAUUGUAGCGGGUAUGGCGUGUGCCAAGAUGGAAUCGACGGCUUUGUGUGUGUGUGCCGAAGCGGGUACAUGGGUGACCUGUGCCAAAUAGAUAUUGACGAAUGUGCAUCGAAACCCUGCUUGAAUGGAGGGGUCUGCGUGGACGGGGAGAACGGAUACACCUGUGUCUGUACGGGUAAUUUCAUCGAGCCCGUCUGCAGCCCAGAGCAGUUGAAUACCGUUCCUGCGGAGCAAAGUACUUUCAAAGGCACUCGCAUCAGUCUGGACCCAUAUUUCAUCCUUCUUAUCGUGGCUCUAGCAUUGUUUGCCAUUUUCUUCCUCCUUCUCUUCCUUAUCGCCAACUGCUGCCGGACUAAAGCUGAUCUGUAUGAUACAGAAAAGGCCCGCAUGGGAGAAUACCCUUCGCAGUCUCGUGCCGAGUUGGCCAUCUUGGCCAAUGCUGAACCGCCAGGGAUUCGAGAGAAUGACUACGGUCCUAUUCCUCCAUCCGCCGGUGGUGGCGUGUCUGCUGUGAACAGCUAUGAGAACCCAUGGCCGCAAUCGAACGAUGAACUGCAGAAGACCCAGUUGUAAGCACGAACCGAACUGACCAGCAACGAUGUUCUAUACUACAUUGACAACAAACGUAUUCCUGAAAGAAUAUAGCCGUAGGAAUUUAUGUUUUCAUUGUAAUCAAAUAUUUGCUCAUUUACUUACGAUCCUGUGUUGGGUUAAACGCUAUUUUUUGUUUUCUUACCUCGAAUGGGGUGAAUAAAAGUAAAGUUCAGGUUUCAAGGAUACUGGGGGGGGAUUAAGUAGUUAUGUAAUCUAAGAAAUACAUUGAAAUUAAAAGGAUUAGUCAGCUUUCAUAAGAAUAUCACAUUUUAAGAGGAAUAUUAUCAAACCGGUUUAAAUUUUCACGCAUUAGUUCCCUUAAGCGAGUGAUUCUUUAUUGAUUAUUCUCUUUGAAUAAAGAAGAGAAAAUAAAUAUUGUAGAACUCUUACAUUUAUUGAAUGAGACAUUAUAUGGUCAUAGUAUUGAUCAGUGUCCAGUUUAAUGAACUCACUUUCAUGAUUAUGAAAGAUAAAUCCUUAACCGAUGUCCAUGAUGACACCUUGUUAAUCAUAGCUAUCCGAAUAAGUAUAAAACAUGCAUUUUAAUCAAGACUAGAGAUCUCAUGAAGUCGUGUACACCUUUGUUGUCAAUGUAUUAUCGUAGGAUUCAAGCAAGCUGUGCUACUUGAAUUCCUGAACAUGAAUAUCAGGAGUUGCACUUUAUGAUAUCAUUUUACCUAAAAUGCAAGCUUAUAACAACAAAUCAUUUACAUAAUGUUUUGUUGUUAAAAAAUUCACUUUAUUUUGCUUUCGUUUUUUUUUAAAUAUAUAAGAUCACUGGGUUAAAGGUUUCUGUCAAGUUCUAAAAUAACUGUAAUGAAUAAUAAACAAUUGCAUUUUUUAAUUUUCUUUCGCACUGGAUUCUUUAUUGCGUUUUUUUUUAAUUAUUAUUGAUAAGUCACUGGCAUUGUUUAAUAGUUUCUUUAGUUUUUCCUUACUUCUUGAAAAUCCUUAGACCUAAAAAGCAGUUGAAGUUAUAUAAUUGCAAAUGUACUACAUUAGUCACACCACCAAUCUGACUCAACACCGUCUCACGACCGGCCAAUUCUUGGUCCUUCGAGGUAAUGUAACUUUCUCCGGUCUGCUGUAGGUGUGACUAACGUAUUAUUGAUGUUGUAUUAUUUUCUCUAGUAUCAUUUUAACGAUAGAACCUCUAAGCUAUAUCACUGUCUUUAUUAUUUCUUUAUUAUUAUCAAGUAUCAUACAGUAUAGUAACUAGGAAAUAACACAAUGGUUGUCAUCGUAGCUAAGAUUAGAAAACAUUGAGCUAUAGUUUAACUUUCUAUAAGAUUUUUAUUUUCCGUUUUCAUUAGAAUGUAGUAUAGGUUAAGAGGUUUAGUAAGAAUAACUGAAUUUCGCUUGAAAAAAAUUAGAUGAAAAGAUUAACUCCAACUUUAAGACAAGAUAGGAUUUAUAUUACUUUAUAUAGAAAACCAAGACCUUAAAUCAUUAAUAACAGAUUGAUGAAUCACUAACAAACCACACAACUGAUUAAAAAUAAUCAAUCAAUCAAUCAAUCAAUUAACCAAUCAAGUUACCAAACAGUUAAAUGUCCCAAAGACAUGUAACCAAGCAACCAAUUUAUUUUCAAUCGGAUAACCAAUCACUGAACCAAUGAACCAACCAUCCAACCGAUUAAAAAACAUGUCGCCCGACGAAUCUACCAAUCAACGAAAUAUCAAUCACCCAUCCAAUCAAGAAAACGACAAUCGAUCAAUCAAUCAACUGAUCAUCCAAUCACUUACUGAACUCACCAAUCAAUCCCUCAACCAAUCAACCGGUCCAUCAAUCAGCCAAUCAACCGCUUAAUAUAAUCAUCAUUCAAACCCUGAAGCAAACAAUCUCCCAAGCCAUCGCACUAUGAAUGAUAUAUUUGUUUUUUAAGUUUUGGGAUACCAGACUCCAUUCUCCUUGAUCAGGCUGGUGGCAUAUAGAUAAAUCAAUUGGAAAAUCAGUUUAGACAUUUGAAAUAGGUUACAAGAAUGAAUAAGGGAAUUGUGCUAUUAGCAAAAUAACCAGCAAUACCCAACUUGUUUGCAUCAUGUAUUACAAUAUGCUUUACGUCUGUUUUUGGAAGGGGUAAAAGUUAAAGACACUCUAAUGUUUACGUCAAUUUAGAGGGCACUAAAUCAAUCCUAAAAAAAAACUACAAGCCUGUUCACAUACAAAUGAAAAGUAAUUCAAACUUAUAUUGUGUUUAUAUUACUGGUUCAUAUUUCAUUUCUUCGACAUGUUAUUCUAAUAAUAGAUACUCAAGGGCUCUUUUGGCAUACUUUUCAAUUGUUUCCGUUGUAAACUAAGUUUCUAUCAUUGAAAUAAAUAUCACUGUUUUAUGAUUAAACAAUAAAAUCCGUGGGGGAAAAGGGAAA